AUGGAGAGGCAGAGAGAGCAGUGGAGCCACAAACGGGAGUACAUCCUGGCAUCGGCCGGCACCGUGGUGGGCUUCGGCAACGUCUGGAGGUUCCCAUACCUGUGCUACAAGAACGGAGGAGGGGUGUUCCUGGUGCCUUAUUGCUUCUUUGCGGUGCUCUGUGGGGUUCCCCUUUUUAUGCUGGAGGCCUUGAUUGGUCAGUACUGUCAGCAGGGCGGGAUAACUUGCUGGUCCCGCCUCUGCCCAUUGUCUCAGGGCACAGGGUACUCCAUCCUUAUGAUCCAGCUGUUUGGCAGAGCGUACAUCAUAAUCCUGGCCUGGGCUCUCCUCUACCUGGUCUACUGCUUCAGAGCCGUGCUGCCCUGGGCCUCCUGCAACAACCCCUGGAACACUGACAGGUGCAUGGAGCUCUCCUCCGUGAAUGGGACCAACUCUCACAACCAGAGUCUGGCAGAAGGAAACACAUCCACGUCGUCUGUGUCUGAGUUCUGGGAGAGGGGGGUGCUGUCCCUGUCCCAGGGCAUCCAGGAGCCAGGGCAGGUGCAGUGGCAGGUGCUGCUCUCUCUCUUCGUCUGCUGGGUGGUUUGCUACUUCUGUGUCUGGAAAGGAGUGCGCUCCACUGGGAAGGUGGUGUAUGUCACAGCUGUAUUCCCGUAUGUGAUGUUGGCUGUGCUGCUGGUGCGAGGCCUGACACUGCCGGGAGCCUGGGAUGGGGUGGUUUUCUACCUGUACCCCGAACCCUCCCGCCUGGCCGACCUGGAGGUGUGGCUGGAUGCCUGUUCUCAGGUCAUGUUCUCCUAUGGAGUGGCCUCAGGGACUUUGAUCACACUGAGCAGCUACAACAAAAAGAGAAACAACUGCUACAGGGACAGUCUGUGGCUCUGUGCUCUCAACAGCUGCACCAGUUUUGUUGCUGGGUUUGCUGUCUUCUCCACUCUUGGCUUCAUGGCCAAACAGCAGGGAGUGACUGUGGACAUGGUGGUCAGCUCAGGUGCUGGUCUGGCCUUCAUAGCCUUCCCUCAGGCUGUGGCCCUGAUGCCUCUGCCUCAACUGUGGGCCGUCUGUUUCUUCAUCAUGCUCCUCAUGUUGGGAAUCGACACUGUGUUUGCAGGGCUGGAGACCAUCACCUCCUCCUUCAUUGACCUGUUCCCUCAGCAGCUGAAGGGACUGUGGAGAAGGGAGAUCUUCCUCGCUGUCUUCUGCCUCUUCUGCUUCAUCAUGCAGAUACCCAUGACCACCUCGGCAGGACUCUACCAGUUCCAGCUCAUCGACUACUAUGGGGGCUCUGGGGCCAUUAUCUUUUUUGUAUCUAUGAUCCAGUGUGUAGCAGCCAGCUGGGCAUUCGCAUGA